AUGAAAGAGUGUGCGGCUCUACAGCAGCAGAAGUGUGCGGCUCUACAGCAGCAGAAGUGUGCGGCUCUACAGCAGCAGAAGUGUGCGGCUCUACAGCAGCAGAAGUGUGCGGCUCUACAGCAGCAGAAGUGUGCGGCUCUACAGCAGCAGAAGUGUGCGGCUCUACAGCAGCAGAAGUGUGCGGCUCUACAGCAGCAGAAGUGUGCGGCUCUACAGCAGCAGAAGUGUGCGGCUCUACAGCAGCACGAGUGUGCGGCUCUACAGCAGCAGAAGUGUGCGGCUCUACAGCAGCAGAAGUGUGCGGCUCUACAGCAGCAGAAGUGUGCGGCUCUACAGCAGCAGAAGUGUGCGGCUCUACAGCAGCAGAAGUGUGCGGCUCUACAGCAGCAGAAGUGUGCGGCUCUACAGCAGCAGAAGUGUGCGGCUCUACAGCAGCAGAAGUGUGCGGCUCUACAGCAGCACGAGUGUGCGGCUCUACAGCAGCAGAAGUGUGCGGCUCUACAGCAGCAGAAGUGUGCGGCUCUACAGCAGCAGAAGUGUGCGGCUCUACAGCAGCACACAUGUGCGCAGUGGUGCAGCAGCGAUGACAUGCUGUGUGAUCAGACAGAGGCACUGGAGCUGGUGAACAGGCGGCCAACACAAGGGCCCGGAAGAGGCCCGGCGUUCUGCCCACGUCCCGCCUCCAGCCGCACAAUGGCCGCUCUCUCUCUCGGCCCUCUUCAGGAUGCAGUCAUUGUUUGUGCGGAGGAAGCCAGUGCCCUUUGA